CAGGAUGAUUCUCUACACCAUAUGUCACUAAGCCACAGUACAUCGGCUCCAGUGGAAUAUGCUGUCCUCCAACCAUCAAAUGAUCUUAUCCAAGAUGGAAGGAAGGAUAUUAAUUAUGUAUCUCCCGAAGACAUGCGAAAUGUAUCUCUACAAAUUAUGGACUUGCAAAGGAAACGUGUAUCUGGAGAAGUGAACCCUGCAGCUCUAGCACAUCAACAUGAAAUGAAAGAAAGGCGUGACAGUGAUUACGGCCACCAAUACCCACCCAGUUGGUCAUCAUCACACAAACCGUACGUUUCUCACCUAGAUUCACAAAGUCCAAUUCAUCAGUAUUCUGAUAGUAUAGGAUCUCAUGGCUCCCAGCAAUCAUUAACGCAUUCAUAUCAACGGUUGGAAAGUGUGAAUUCACAUGUUUCGCAGCAAUCUAUUUCAUCCCAGGAAGUGUACCAUCCACGCUCUGAAAGUGGAUUAUCCUUAGGUUCACAGCACUCUCUAGAAGGUCCAAUGGAUCUAAGUAUUCAUCCUGCGCAACAUUCCCCAAGCUUCAAGCACCAUUUUGAACGCCAGCUAUCUUCUCAUUCUCAACCAUCACCAUCUUCACAACUAGCCUUUUCAUUUUCACAAGAUAAAUCGUUAAAUCGACUUUCGCAGGAAGGCCCAAAGGGGAUUCCAUCAAAAGCAAGCAGUCCAAAAACAAUUCAAUCUCCUCAAGCUAAGAAGAAAGCACACCCGCGCAUGGGUAUCCUAGCAGCUAGAUUACACCAGAGUAGCACAAAGACAGGGACACAACCAACAGGACAGGGUACACGAGACAUUGUCUCACAACCAAAGAUUCAUCACUAUGAUACUGUUCAACCGCCGGGACCAAGAACAUCUUCCCCUUCAAGGUAUUCCGGAGAUUUGAGUCAGGUUGAAGGGGGAGUUACUGCCUCACACAUUCAUCAACAGCAGACUCUGCCCUUUCAGGAAUCCAAACAGCCAAGGACAGGCAGUAUAUCAAGGGAUAAAGUUGAUCUUCAAAAACCAGAAUCAGUAGAAGAGCUUGUAAAUCAAAUGAAUACAUAUUUAGAACAAGAAGCAAUGAGUAGUGUUAAUUCCUCAGGUACACCAACAGUUCCAAGUUUUGAGCAUAAAAAAGAGGCAAGCUUUAGACAUCAACAUUCUGAUAGUCAACUUUCCCAGAUGUCUCGAGCCUCUCAUUCUUCACAACAUUCUGGAAUCUCAGUGAGCUCCAAUUUAUCAGACUCACAUUUACCAACAAGGAAAUUAUCGGGUUCACAUGGAUCCUCUGUGGAUUCUCCUGCUGCCAGCAUUCAUUCAUCGGAAGGCCAACUUAAUCGCAGUCAGAACAGCGAACUCAGUCGACAUGAACAAGGGCCAAUUUACGAAAAUGUUGAAUUCCAAGAAAAAAAACAAAUAGAAAAAGAACAAUUAAAAAAGCUGAGAGAGCUUGAUAUGCGAGACUCAGAAAUUCAUGGCCCAUUCAAGUACUCUGAAAGAAGCAGCAGCAAACUGAGGCCUCGAUCAAGAACACCAUCACCAGCAGUCUUUUUAAAUGGUAGCCGUGAUGUCAAGAAUGGUCUUGCAGAGCUUGAUGAUAGUAAAGGAUCUGACAACAAACUUGACAGCACUGCAGAAACACUUGAGCCUA